UCAUUGAUGUUCUUCAAGAAUCUAUGCUCACCAUGUGUUUGUUUUAAGGUCCCACUGAAAUACCCAAGAACAAAAAUACCCCCUUCACACCCCAUAUCUCAAUAAAUAAUUGCAAAAGGCAUUGAAGUAAACACUACUCAAUAAUUUUUUAUUCACGUUUGGAUUUCAAGUGAGUCACUGAGUUGCUGUGAUUAUAAUAUUAGUACGGUUGUGUAUACGUGUAAUUGUGGGUGUAUAUAUGCUUACCGGCGAUGCCAACGCCGGUCAGCUCAGCCAGGCAAUGCUUAACGGACGAGGCGGCGCGUGCUUUGGAUGAUGCGGUGGCCGUUGCUCGCCGACGGAGCCAUUCCCAGACCACGUCUCUUCACGCCGUCUCGGCUCUUUUAUCUCUGCCCACAUCCACCCUCCGUGACGCCUGUGCUCGAGCUCGCAGCUCGGCUUAUUCCCCUCGGCUUCAGUUUCGUGCGCUUGAGCUUUGUGUCAGCGUUUCUCUCGAUCGUCUUCCUUCUUCCAAAAGCAAAACCCCAGAUGACGAGCCGCCGGUUUCCAAUUCGCUCAUGGCUGCAAUCAAGCGGUCUCAGGCGAAUCAGAGACGCCAUCCGGAGACGUUUCAUUUGUAUCAGAUGCAUCAACAGUUGAACAGCUCGCAAUCGUCGUUAUCGUGUGUUAAAGUCGAGCUCAAGCACUUCAUAUUGUCAAUUCUUGAUGACCCGAUUGUUAGUCGGGUUUUCGGCGAUGCGGGUUUUCGGAGCACCGAUAUCAAGGUCGCCGUCCUCCAUCCACCGCCGGUUUCUGGAUUCCAGAAAUCUAUGAGGUUUCCGCCCCUGUUCCUCUGUAGCCUACCUGAUACGAAUACCAAUCUAAGUGGGUUUAAUUUCCCAUUUGCUGUUGAUCAAGGAGAAGAAGAUUUCAAAAGAAUUGGGCAAAUCUUAGCCAAGAAAAGCUCGAAAAACCCAUUACUAAUUGGGGUUUCUGCUGACAGUGUUCUUGCUGGAUUUACAGAUGCUUUAAAGAUCGGUAAAAAUGGUUUCUUGCCUACUGAAAUAGAGGGUUUAAACGUGAUCACCAUUGAUAAGGAGAUCUGUGAGUUUCUUGUGGGGAAUUUGAGUGAAGAUAUGAUGGAUUUGAAGUUAAAAGAAGUUAGAGACAAGGUGGAGAGCUGCACAGGUUGUGGUGUGAUUGUGAAUUUUGGAGAAUUGAAGUUGUUUGUGGAUGGUGGAUCAACUGGUUCUGUGGAACAUCUUGUUUCACAAUUGAGUAGUUUAGUUCAAUUGUGUGGUGGGAAAUUGUGGUUGAUCGGAGCCGUAGGCAGUUAUGAGACUUACAUGAAAAUUUUGGCGAAAUUUCCGGGGUUGGAGAAAGAAUGGGAUUUGAAUCUGCUUCCAAUAACUUCUUCCAAAUUGAAUACUAAUGGAUCACACUUGAAAUCUAGCUUGAUGGGGUCAUUCGUGCCAUUUGGUGGCUUCUUUCCUGUACCGACCGAGUUGGAAAAUUCAUCAAGCAACACCGAUCAAUCUAAAACUCGUUGUUCCCUUUGCAAUGAGAAAUACGAGCAUGAAGUUUCUGUAGCACUGAAGCGUGGGAGAACAGUGUCUGUUGCUGAUCAACAAUCGAUGGGUUUAACUUCGUGGUUGCAAGUUCCUGAAUCCGACACAAGCAAAGGAAGCAACGUAUUAGAGGCUAAAGAUCAUGGUGGUGUAUUCAACGCCCUCGUGGCGGGGCUGCAGCGGAAAUGGAACGAUAUCUGCCACCGUCUUCAUCACAAUCAGCAAAAUAAUCCUCAGAUUACCGCCGGAGUUCCUUUUCCUCGCCACUUCCCGGCUGAUCCCAAGAGGGUGGAGAUCAGCAGUAAAGAUUCAAAUCAAGAAGGAUUCAGGAAUCUAUCUCCGUCCGAUCAACGGGACUAUCAAAAGACGCAACACAUACAACUGACGGUCACUUCUGAAGCCGAAAACAGCUUACCACAAAAGCCGCCCGUUGACUUUUUUGCAGCAACGAAACUUGCAAGUACUACAUCCUCACCAACAACUUCCAUAACCACGGAUUUGGGCCUAGGAACGAUUUACGUUUCGCCUGAUCUCGAACCAAGGCCGCACGAUCACAAAGCUCGUAUUCAGAACUUUUGUGGGUCUGCUUCUGCAGAGGUUGAUGAAAUGAGUACGAAAUUUUAUGAAAAAGAUUACAAGGCACUCUAUAGAGCUCUUGCAGAUAAGGUCGGAGAUCAAGAUGGUUCCAUUCGUGCCAUUAGCCAAACCAUCUCACGAUGCAGAACUGGGAACGGAAUUCGCCAUGGCUCGAGUCAUAGACGAGAUAUAUGGCUUAUGUUUUCCGGCUCAGACCGAGUCGGCAAGAAGAAAAUCAGCACCGCACUUGCCGAGGUGGUUUUUGGGAGCCGGGAAAGCUUGAUUGCGAUCGAUCUCAACUUUGAAAACCAGAUACGUCAUCCAAGCUCCAUUUUUGACCGUCAAAGUGUAAACUUCUGUGAUCUAUCGUUUAGAGGGAAAACCAUCACAGAUUUCAUCGCUGAGGAGUUGAGCAAGAAACCACGGUUGUUAAUCCUCCUUGAACAUAUAGAUAAAGCCGAUUCUGUAACUCAAGAUAGCUUAUCUCGGGCCAUCAGAACCGGCAAAUUGUCGGAUUCUCGUGGUCGCGAAACCCGCAUCACCGAUGCAAUCUUUGUGACCACCUCAAGCAGUAGUAAAGAAGCCGACCUCUUGAGCUAUUCGGAGGAAAGAGUCUUGAAUGCCAGAGCCUUUCAAAUGAGAAUCUUAGUUGAAAGUACCAUCGAGCCCAGAAGCUCCAGUAUCCUACUUUUGCCGACACAAUCGACUUCUAGAAAUCCUGUGAUUUCCAGCAAAAGAAAGCUUAUCGAACUAGGAGAUUUUGAGAUAAUGGUACCGGCGGUCAAGAAGUCGAAAUCGUGCUUCGACUUGAAUCUUCCGGUGGAGGAAACCGAAGAGAGUGAGAACAGUGAGAACGGAAGUGUUUCUGAAACUAAAGAAGUGUGGUUGGAAGAGUUCUCGGAUCAAGUGGAUGAAAAAGUUGUGUUUGAUCCCUUCGAUUUCGACUCGAAUGCAGAAACCAUUCUGAAGGACAUCGGAAUCUGCUUUCAGAAAUCAUUUGGAUCGAAUCACACAUUAGAGAUUGAGAAUGAAGUAAUGAUCCAAAUUCUUGCAUCUCGUUGGUUAUCAGACCGAAAAGAUGCUAUUCGGGACUGGAUUGAUUCCAUUCUCUUUACGGGAUUUAUGGAAUCGAAGCAGAAACUUCGGGUCGAGGCCGAUAUCGAGAAUGGAUCAUCAUCAAUGGUGAAACUGGUAGCUGUUGAAGGAGUUAAUGUUGAAGAUGAUGGAUCAUGUGUUUAUCUUCCUUCAAGAAUCAUGGUGAAAUGAUAAUUUAGGACCCGUUUACCGACAAGAAUCACCACUCUGAUUUACCUUAUGGGGUUAUAUCUUCGGCCAUCAAAACCGAUUGAUGGUAAGCGUUUAUAACUCUGUAAGCGUUUGCCGAGCAAAAGUCAUCACCUUCGUUUACCGGGUAAGACACUCGAUCCUUGUCUUUCUUCUAAUCAUGUAAAUUUUUUUUGGUUUUCUGUUAUUACCCGUUAAACGUUUGCCAAGGUAAGUGUUUAGUGAACGACUCUUUAGUUUCAAGUUACAAAACAAUGACCAAGUUUUGUUAUAUCUGGACCAAAAAGAUGAACCUGUAAUUUACUCUUUAAGUUUAAAAAAAUGUGUAUU